UGCGCGGGUUUAUGCUGCACGGCCGUGUCCUAGAGGACUUUAAAGGAGCUGGCUGUGCUCUUUCUCCUUGGCAACACUUUUGUUUCGGGGAAAUUUCGACUGUCAUCGUGUGAACCACGCUGGCCGGGAUGCGUCGCUGCCCGCACAGCAGAACCCGGGGUUUCACAGCUAGCUGAGCUAGCCGGCUUGCUAGUCUUCAGGACUGGUCAGCAGAGCCCGAGAAAUCAAGUCGAGUCCACUGAAGGUUUUGGCGUCAUCAUGGGCAACUGUGUUAGGUAGCAUUUUACAAUCAUUGUCAGACCUGGAAGCUGGACAAAGUGAGUGACUUAAUAAAACCAUUGGAAGUGGUGGCGUAGCUGGACUGCUGUAGAUUAUGGUUGAGUCCAUGGCAUGUGGUGAGGGCCAAGAGGAGCUUAAGGAGCAGCCAAGGACCGAUGAGAAUGAACAUGCAAAUGAAGCUGAGGAACUCCCUCUGAACGUACUCGGUACCAAGGCAGACCCCCCGGAUGAACCCCAGAAACGAUGGACGUGGAAGUGGUCAGUCAUCUUCCUCUGUUUCUAUGGCUUCAUGGCUCAGCUGAAACCCGGGGAGCCUUUUAUCACGCCACAGUUGCUUAGCGCCGAGAAGAACUUCACUAGAAAACAGGUCACUAAUGAGAUCAACCCCGUGCUCAGCUACUCCUACAUGGCAGUGCUGGUGCCUGUUUUCCUGUUGACAGACUAUCUACGCUACAAACCUGUUUUGGUCCUCCAGAGCAUGAGCCAUGUCUCCAUCUGGCUCCUCCUGCUGCUGGGCACCUCCUUACUGGAGAUGCAGUUCAUGGAGUUCUUCUACGGUAUUACAAUGGCUGCCCGAGUGGCCUACUCCUCCUACAUCUUCUCCCUGGUCCCAGCAUCUGUGUAUCAAAAGGUCGCCAGCUAUUCUCGCUCCUCCGUGCUGCUGGGAUUGUUCACUAGCUCUGUGAUGGGUCAGUUGUGCAUAUCGCUGGGUGGCAUAACGUAUGGCACUCUAAGUGCAAUCUCAUUAGGCUUUGUCUCUUUUGGACUCUUGCUGUCCGGCUGCUUGCCAUGGCCCAAGAGGAGUUUGUUCUUUAACCAGAGUCACCUAGAGGAAGAGAGGAGGAUUGCUGCUCAGUCAGAACUGGACAAAAUCAAAUCAGAUGGCAAGGCAGUUAAAGCUUUGUCAAGUUCCAACAGCAGUGGUUGCACUGCCUCCUGGACAAACUCAGUGUUCAUUCAGAUGCUGAAGGAAUUGAGAAAUGUAGUGAAAGUGCACAACCUAAGACUUUGGAGCCUGUGGUGGGUAUUCAACUCCACUGGUUAUUACUUGGUAGUGUUCUAUGUGCACAUCCUGUGGAACCAUGUGUACGCUGCCACAGAGCAAAAGUAUGUCUAUAACGGAGGAGUGGAAGCUGCUUCUACUUUGCUUGGUGCAAUCACGUCAUUUGCGGCAGGCUUUGUGAAGAUCCGAUGGAAUGUGUGGUCUGAGCUGGUGAUUGGCGUGAUCACUGCAGCACAGGCCGCUUUGCUGCUUCUUAUGGACACCACUGACAAUAUCUGGGUGUGCUACGUGGCCUACGCCCUUUUCAGAGGCUUCUACCAAUUCCUGGUUCCUGUUGCUACUUUUCAGAUCGCCUCCUCGCUCAAUAAACAGUUAUGUGCUCUAGUGUUUGGAGUAAACACGUUCUUGGGAACAAUCUUGAAGACCAUUGUUACUCUGAUUGUGGCAGAUAAGAGAGGAUUGGCUCUGCCUGUGCACUCCCAGUUUUUUGUAUACUUCUUUUACUUCACUCUGCUGACGGUGGUGUAUUUGGGCUGCGCCAUCUGGGUCAUCGUGCAUCAUUACCGCAUUCAGAGGCAAGAACAGGUACCCACAGAAGUCACUAUACCUGUUGAACUUGGUGCUGUGGGAAUGCCUGCCUCUGAGACAGACCCUCUUGCGAAUGGAAAUACUGUCAAGACCUGAGAAUUGUGAGAUUGACCUCUUUCUCACUUGGUAUUAUUUGAUUUCUCCCUGUCUGUCCCUCUUUAAUUAGUAGAGUACAAGUUUAAUGUAACUAAAGAUGUAAACCUGAUGCUCUUUUAGAUGGUAACUAUACACCAACCAGUCGUUUCAUGAAGUGCACUUUCUUGUUUCUGUGCUUCACUUAUCGUAUAGGUGCACUCUGUAGUUCUACAUUUAGACUGUAGUCCAUCUGUUUUUCCUUAUUCUUCAUUGGUCAGACCUCCACAGAGGUGUCAUCUGGGUGGUGGAUCAUUCUCAGCACUGAUACUUGACAUGGUGGUGAUGUCUUAGUGUGUGUUGAGCUGCAUUCUCUCUUGCACUAUCCAGCAAACCGAUGGACUGCAGUCUAAUUGUAGAACUACAAAGUGCACCUAUAUGUUAAGUGAAGCUGAUACAAUGGACAGAGUGGAGAUAAAGGAAAGUGGCCAGUUGGUGUACGACUCUCAAAUUCAGGACACAAAUGACUUGUUUGAGCUUUGUGUGCUCUUCAAAAGACUGCAGCUCAGACUGCUUCAGUUCAGAAUGAACGUCUAUAGGGCUUUUUACAACAAAGCAAAAGUGCCUUACAGUUUAAAAAGCUUGCACAUUUCUCUGUUGUGCAGAAAUCUUACGUUGUAUCCUCUAUUCUCCACUUGAAAUAAUCAGUUGUGGCAUAAAAUGUUUUUGUUUUUUUUUAUGAGCCACACUUUAUGUGCUGAGAUCAGUUAUAUAAGAACAGUUGGUUAAUUGAUGUUUCAGUUCUUUGCUUUCAUUUUUUAGAAGGCAGAUAUUUUAAGUUUUCUUUUAUAUGGAAUUUACUAACCUGAGUAUAACGUCACUUUCCUCCUACGGAACAGUACAGAUUGUAUUCCUGUCUGUUAGUGAUGUGUAUUUACAUUUAUGAAACUGCCAGUGAUAUUUUUUCAUUUCAUAAUGUGAAACUUUAAAUAAUUGUAAAGCUUUUGAGCUAGUUUGGGGUACAUUUGCAAGUGGAGGUUUUAUAAGGAUUCUGACAAAAAAAAAGAUAUACAUAUGAUUAUGUAUUAAUCAGUCCCUGUAGUAGUAUAAUUUCUCAUAACCAAUUUAAAGCUAAAUUCUUAAAUUUUGUCUAAAGAUAUUUUGUAAGAAAUUCAACUUAAAUUCACAUUUAAUUUCAAAUUUAUGACAGAUAAGAGAUUCACCUUGUUAAGUAAUCAGGAAUCUGUUUGGGGGUCAAUCAAGCCUGGUGUAAAUAACACUGCCUUAAUAAUUACAGUUAAUAAUCGUACACUGUCUAUAACAUACUGUAAUAUUCAGAGCAGUCAUACAGAAUUUAUGUAUGAAGUAUUUCGGAAAUCUACAUCUAACAUGCUUGGAUCUUUAUAUCCAUGGUAGGCUGAUGCUGAGAUUGCUAACAUUUUGUGUGUGUGUGUGUGUGUGUGUGUGUGUGUGUGUGUGUGUGUGUGUGUGUGUGUCACUACUGAAUCUGUGCCCCUGCCUGAUUUGCUCUGUGCAUGUGCGCCACUGCAUGCAUGCAUAGAUCAUGAUAUUUUUACUGCCAAUAUCAUAUUUGUACUGCAAACGUCAACAUUUUACAGCUGUAGUUGAGCCGUAACAAAAUGGUUAUAUUCCCUAAGUAAGGUUAGACUGCCGGUACCACCAUUCUGGCUCUGCAUGAGAACAUGUGUCUAGCUGAAUCUCAAAGGACUAGUUACUCCCUGCAUAGUGCACUGCAUAGGCCAUGAGGCUAUAGCUUCUACUCUACACUGCACUGUUAGAUCGAAUGUUGUUCAGCUUUCACUGAAUGUAAACGUCCUUUAAUCAGACGGAUAAAUGUGCGUAGUUGUUAUGUAAUGACCUCUGUGGUGCGCACUACAUAGGUAGCACAAACACAGGUCUGUGUUUUCAUCGAAAGUAUGAUAGCUUGCCAACAGAGCACCGAAGACAACAAAACACACGUAAUUACUAUUAGGAACUAAGUAAUAUUAAACUAUUGCUGGUUCAGCGUUAAACACUGCUUUAUAGUUAGACUAAUGCGCUAAUAAGAUGUCAUAAAAAGUGGGUACAGAUCAAGCUGUGUCAUAAAACCUCAUACAGUGUACGUGUGCCACAGUGGCGCACGUGUGUGAAGGAAAUCGGGCAGGUGCCGCAGAACGGGUAGCAACAGUGUCCAGCAUGAUUUACGUUCAUACAGUGUCAUUUUGGCCCCUUGAUUGUGGCCCUUGAUUUGCCCCUUAAUGUCCAUAUUUGGUCGUAACUACACAGCAGUUCUAGUUGUGCCUCAUGUAUGUUUUGGGUUUUCAAUCCAAACUCUGAUGUAACGUUUCUGGUUCUUCAUAGAUUUUUGAUCAAAUGAACUGAAGCCUGUCUCACCAAGCAGGGUUUCUUGCUUAGCCAACUAACUUUAAGCUCAGAUCUAACUCUUGAUUUUCUGUUUCACGACAGUGAAUCAUUUUUUUUGCAGGCUAUAUCACCAUGGCAACGUAACCAGCCCUGGAGGCUGUUAAAUGUACAGCAUAAGUCUGAGAUUUUAGAUGAUAAACAGAUACACCAAGAAGGCCAGACUUCUAAUGGAGGAGGAUCUCUCUGGUCUUUUUCAGGGUGCUUUUUUUGUGAUAUUUGUCACAUCAGGCACCUGAGGAGAAGUAUUGCUUAUUUGCAUAGUAAUCAACUUACACUAUACAGAUAUCAUGUAUAUUAAGCUUUUACUACUGCAAAAAGCAGCAACACCGUUGCUUUUUAUCAUUUAGAAAUGCUUUACUUUCUGUGUAUUAACCCUAACACACUUCCACGCAUAUUAAUCUGGCUUGUCUAAACCUGGCUUGUCUAAACCUGGCUUAACAGAGGAGGCUGUUAUCUGCUAUGGUAAAUUGAGUUAACAUUUGGGCUGCAGAAUCAUUCAGGAACACUGUUAAACCUGCUUUGUGUGACGGGCUGCAGGAAACGAAUGGCUUGAAAAUACAACCAAGAGUCCUUAUAAUUCCAUCACUUAAACAUUGGUUUGAAAUAUGCAUAUAUUUGAUUAUCAAAAUGCUGAUCAUUAGGUAAACACUCUGAAUUUUGCACUUUUAUAUAAGGUUUUAUAUAAAAUGUCUUUUUUUUUUAAUCCAGUGCAUGUUGGUUACAUGUACCACAUGUGAUUGUUUUUUUUUUAUGUUUAUUUUAAAUCAGUAAUAUAUACAGGUACAGUUUAUAAACUGUGAACUGUUGCUGCGAAAUCAUACACUGAAAAUUGCAUUAUUUAUAUAUAUAUAUAAAUAUAAACUUGCGAUGGACUGGCGACCUGUCCAGGGUGUAUCCUGCCUUCCACCUGAUGAUCGCUGGGAUCGGCUCCAGCACCUCCUGCCACCCUGACGGAGAAGCGGCUUAGAAAAUGGAUGGAUGGAUGGAUGGAUAUGGAUAUAGAUAUAUAUUUCGAAUGUUUUGUGAUGGGGCUGCACAAUAAUGACAAAAUCCUACUCUUACAACUGCAGUGCUACAUAUCAGUAUUGUGUUGCACUUUUCAGUAUUACUGCAUUAUUUCAGUUUUUUUGCAGUACAUUAAUACCUCGAUUUAUCUAAACUCACUUGGUCAAGAUACUCUAAGCAAACUGAGAACACUGUGAAUGAUUAAUCUGCUCAUUUCUAUAUUACAUCAUCUUGCAGUAUCAAUAGUGCAAAAGCCAGAAGAGAGAUAACGAUUAACAGAUGAUCUAGUGUGCAGCCCUAAAUUUGUAAUGAAUGAUUCUUAGAACAAGAUACAGGCACUCAGGAGGAUUGUUUGAUGGACAGUCAAGAAAGAUACUUCAUGGGUUGACAAAUUCAUAACAAGUAUAAUAAUUUCAUCCUGUGUGAGUUCAGUAAAUAAAAAACGACAUGUUUUAGAGAUCAUGA